ACUUAGCAGAUUUUUUAAAACACUCUGAACCGAAAAUAUCCGUAAAUUGUUUUCAUUGGUGAUAAUGGAAGAUGAAUCUUGAUUCGCCACUCUCACAAAGUGAAUAGAGAUGAUGCACAUGCUCUUAUAAGAGAGUUUCCAACUUCAAGAAUGUGAAAACACAUUAAGCUAACAAUUCCUAGCUAUCUGUCAUCAUGGCAAAGAAAUUAUUUUCAUCUUUGCUAAUUAUUCUAAUUUUAAUUUCAUCAAAAAAUUGCCAGCCCUUAUUUAAACAAAAAACCUUAACCAUUGGAGGAAUUUUUCCAAUGUCAGGAAGUUGGGCUGGUGGCGUAGGAUGUCUCCCAGCUGUUGAAAUGGCUCUGGCUGACGUCAAUAACCGUACUGAUAUUUUGCCAGAUUAUAAGCUGGAUAUGAGGCGUGGUGACAGUCAGUGUAAACCAGGUCUAGGAACCAAAGUGCUGUACGAGCUGUUGUAUGAAAAACCAACUAAGCUUCUGGUUCUGACAGGAUGCAGCAUAGUUUCAACAUUUGUGGCUCAGGCUGCCAAGAUGUGGAAGCUGGUUGUUCUGUCUUAUGGUGGAAGCUCUCCAGCACUUUCUAACAGGGAAAGAUUCCCUACUUUUUUUCGCACUCACCCUUCUGCUACUCUUCACAAUCCGAUCAGAGUGAAAGUUUUCAAAAAAUUCAAUUGGCAUAGAAUCUCAACAAUACAGGAAACUCAAGAACUUUUUACAUCUACAAUAGAAGAUUUAGAGCAGAGAGUUAAAGAGGCUGGCAUUGAUAUUGCAGUUCGACAAAGUUUUCUUACUGAUCCUACCAAUGCUGUGCGAAACCUUAAGAGACAAGACGCAAGAAUUAUUGUUGGUGUGUUUUAUGAAGAUAUGGCUAGAAGAGUAUUUUGUCAGGCAUAUAAAGAGCGACUAUAUGGUAAAAAACAUGUCUGGUUUAUCAUUGGUUGGUACCCUGACAAUUGGUACAAGGUAAAAGAUGACAGGCACAACUGCACUAUAGAACAGCUGGAGGAAGCCCUGGAAGGUCACUUCACCACAGAGGCUGUAAUGAUCCACCAGGAACCAACAAUGACUGAUGUUGGAAUGACAGCUCAACAGUUCACUCACAGACUGAACAAAAUAUUAAACACGUCAGACACAAGUCUGGUCACUGGCUAUCCUGAGGCUCCUCUGGCUUAUGACGCUGUGUGGGCUGUUGCUUUUGCUUUUAACAAAACUGUGGCUCAAUUAGCAGAGAGAAACAUGAAACUUGAAGACUUUGAUUAUUACAAUGAAAAUAUCACUAAUGCCAUAUAUAGUGCUAUGAACUCCACCAAAUUUCUGGGAAUCUCUGGGAAUGUGGCAUUUUCUGCUAAAGGAGAUCGUAUUGCAUGGACACAAAUUGAACAGUUCAUAAAUGGGUCCUAUGUGAAGCUUGGAGUCUAUGAUGCAGCAGCUGACAAUCUAACUUGGUACAGAAAAGAAAAAUGGCUAGGUGGCCGACCACCUCCUGACCACACUCAGGUAAUAGAUGACCUUCGAGUGGUUUCACAUACAUUAUACUUCUCAAUGUGUGGCUUGGCAGGUGUUGGGAUUCUUGCUGGGAUACUAUGUCUGAUUUUUAACCACAUCAACAGAAACAGACAGUGUGUGGCCUUUUCUCAACCAGCCAUCAACAAUCUAACAGUAGUUGGCUGCAUGAUCUGUCUUAGCUGUAUUGUUCUGCUCGGACUGGACGGCAAGUUUGUACCAGAUUAUCACUAUCCUGUAGUCUGCCAGGUACGAGCUUGGUUGUUGUCUCUUGGGUUUACACUUAGCUACGGCUCAAUGUUUUCCAAAAUCUGGACAGUUCAUCAGCUGACCACAACCAGGAAGAAAGAUAGAGCAAUUGUCCAGAUUUGGGAACUGUUCACUGUACUAGGCAUUCUCAUCCUGCUUGAUAUAGGUGUUCUCACAGCCUGGCAGGUUCUGGAUCCACUACAGAGAAAACUUGAAACUUUUGCCCGCAUUCAGCCGACCAACACAGAAGAUGACAUUGAGCUUAGACCUCAGCUUGAGCACUGCCACUCUGAGAAUCUAAACAUUUGGCUUGGUGUCCUGUUUGGCUACAAAGGUAUACUGCUCAUCUUUGGUAUUUUCUUGGCCUAUGAGACUCGCAGCGUUAAACUGAAGCAAGUCAACGACUCAAGAUUUGUGGGCAUGAGUAUUUACAAUGUUGUGGUUCUGUGUGUCAUCACAGCUCCCAUCUCUCUCAUCAUCGGCAACCAGGAAGAUGCUACUUUUGCUUUUGUCUCUCUUGCUAUCAUUCUGUGCAGCUUCCUGUCCAUGGGGCUCAUAUUUGUACCAAAGAUGAUGGAGAUAAUUCAGAACCCACAGAGAGAGGGUCAGGAGGUGAAAAGCUUGACAGACUCUCUGGUCAGUCGGGAGGAAGAAGAGAGACACCAGAAAAUGUUGGGAGAAAACGAGCAACUUAAGAAACAAAUCGCAGAGAUGGAAGACAGGAUCAGAGAACUGAACCAGAAACUACAGGAUAGAGCUCGCCAGCGUGUCACCAGCAAUAACAUCAUCAGUACACCAGCUUCCAUAGCCAACAAACACCAGAGCAGUAACAAAGUGGUCAUUGUUGACCCUCUCUUAGUUACCAACAACCAAGUGCCCCACACCCAGGACAGCAUCUCCUCCAUGACCAACCAAGUGGACCUCCUGACAGCCAAUGUACUUGGCCAGGAUCUGACAGAAAGCAGUCCAGUGGUUGUGGACCAUUGUUCUGACUCUGGCCUGGCUGAAGAGAGUUUCGGCUUGAACUCCAGUGAAAUGAAGAGUACAUUAUCUGAUGGCCAAGACUUAGUUCACCAGAGUCACAUGAAAAUUUAACAGGUAGCCAAACAUUUAACUUUUUAUUAGAACCAUUUGGACGUUUCUCAGAAAUGAUUUUAUUUUUUUCUGGAAAUUUCCAAAACAUGACUAUUAGAGAAAAAGUGAUUUAAUGAGUAAAAAAAAACUUUUUUUGUCGUUUGUUUCUAAGAGUUCUUUUAAAUUAUUUACUCAUUUAAGAGCUACAUAGUAUAUUCAUGUACUAUCCUUGAAUAUUAAGAAAUAUUUAUUUGUGUUUUAAUGACGACACAAAAAAUCCUAAAGAAGUUGUCAAAGAUGAUUUUUCACCAACAGGAAAAGAAAGGUGAAAAAGAUUGUCACUGGAAAUGUUUUAUACAGUGUGAACUAUCUUUACUUAUAUUUAUUACAUUUUCAAAACAAAUAUUUACAAGAUAUUACUUUACAAUGUUUGUGUGUUUUUUUUAAUAGAGGUCAUUAACAAUAACUACAUCCCCCCCUUUUUUUUUUUUUACUUUUUAACAUCUUUCCUUUUUUUUUUCUUUAACCCAGUACCUCCUACCACACACACAGUAUGGUGGGUUGUUUUUUUUUUGCCAAGUCCUAAUGCAGGAACGUUAUUGUCUCCAUUUCCCAAGAUAAGAAAAGUUGCUAGCAAACAUUGUUUAAACUUUCCUAUAAGAAUAAUUCAUUGUGUCUUGUGAAGGAGUAUGUCAUGAACAUUUUGACUUUUUUUUAACAAAAACUGGAUGUAGGUCACUUUUUAAUUAUUUUGAAAAAUAAUUUUUCCAACGAACAGGCCCACAGCCCCAGUGUAUAAGCCCCCACCUGGGAAAAUGAGUAUUUUUGAAGCUUUUUUAUAUUCUAAAGAAAUUAAGUAUAUAUAUUUUUUAACUAGACAUAUCGCUCUAUGUUUUAAAGUUGUUUAUUUUAUUUAUUUAUUAGUAUUCUUAUAUUUUAUUAUUUUUUCUACAAUUUUUUUACACUUUUUUAUUUUAUUCAGAAUUACCCCACAUUGCUUAGUGUAUGUCAAGAAUUUUUCAAACCAGAAAUCAGUAUUAACGGGUUAAAACUACUGCCUACCCCAUAGCCAAUGUAAAAUUACAUACAAUUUGAAAUUUUUAAAAAAUUUGUUUUGACCAUUUUUAAUUUAAUUUAAAUAAAUGAAAACAAAUGUGUACAACAGAUAUCAAAUUGACUAGAUCCCAACAUUUUUUAAGAUUGUCAAUUAUGUGUAUGUAUAGAUUUUGUUUUAACUUGCUGACAAAUUCUGUCUUAUUGUUUAAAUGUUGUACUUCAAAUGUUGUUUUCAUUCUUCUUCUUCUUCGUUUUCAUUAUUUUCAUUCAAUGUUGUCAGAUUUAUUCUUUGAAGUAGUUAGUAAUAAGUGUAUCAAGUCAUUUAUAUUUUUUGUAUUUAUCUGUACAGUGUGACUUUCUAAAGACACAAUUUUGAUCUCAUAUAUAUAUAUAUAUAAAAUGGACAAACUUUGACUUGUGUCUGCUUUACAUUAAUUUGUAGCACAAAUUAUGAAAAUAUUUUUUUAUUUAUGAAACUAAUUUUUUUUUAAUUUUAUUAUUUUUUUGCGCAAUAAGUUUUUUUUUUCUUUUCUUUUUUUUCUCACAAAAAUAAAAUUGUAUGCUUUAAAUUAAAAUACUCCAAGUGGAUUAUAAAUAAAUAUAAAUAUACUCUAAUAAACCUGUCCAUAAGAGAUUUCAAUUUUUGCAUUUUUAUUAUAUGAGAUAACUCAUUCCUUUAACUUUGAUAUUAUUUUUAUAAUUUAUACAGCAUAGAUGUCAUGUUUUGUGAUAUGAAUUAUAAUACAACCAGAUUUUGUUGAUCUGAGUGUUCAACUUUUUGAAAUGUGAUAUUUUAUUAUUUUUUUAAGUGCAAUAUUUUGCUUUACAAUGAUAAAUGCAGAACUUUUAAAAAAAUUUACACAUGAAAUUUUAUUUUUAAUCUUUUAAUUUUAUUGAGCAUAAACAAUUAGUCUAUAUUGGCACUUUAAUACUUUAUAGACAUUUAUUUUGUAUUCUUUUGGCAUGUUGAAACUAUAUAUUGCUAUAAUUUUGAAUUUUUACACUUUGCUGAAAACUAAAAUUAAAUUUGAUCCCAAAGAAUGUCUGUAGCAAACUUAUAAAUGUCAUCUGAGGCACAAUUUAUUUUACCAAGUAAAUCUUUGUCACACAUCAACAGAAAUGUUGAUCUUAACAUUCUUAUAUACACAUUUUUUGUAUAUAGAUGCCAACAAUUUGUUUUACACUUUGUGGGCUUGUUUUUCCAUUUCAUUUUAGAUUAGCAUAAUACAAGUUAUAUUGAGGUUGAAAAAACAAAUCUGACAUGAUUAACUUUGUCUUUGAGAUUAGAAUGUACCAUGCUUUGAUGCUUUUUAAAAUAAUAAUAAUAAUGGUAAUCUUUAUUAUCCAUAAGGAAUUUGUCUUACAAUUUGUGCAUUACACCAAACAAAACAUUAUAAGAUAAUUUUAUUGAUCCAAUCAAAUGGAAAUUCAGUUUGACUACAAUUGACAAUAUCAGUGUAACUACUGUACAAUAACAGUAUAGAUGAAAAAUUCGAACAACAUUCACACACGAAACACAUACACAUUUCCAACCAGUGCUUUAUGAAUUUGACUUCUAUGUACUUCUCUAUGACGACAGCUGAUCUUGUAACACUCUGACCGAAAGUGGGAUAAAGGAGUUUUUAAAUCUUUCUGUUUUAGUCCUAAUGGAAAGGAGAUGACCACAUUGUUUAGAUCUUAUGUAAUAGUGGUUUAAUGGGUGCAGGUUGUCCUUAAGAAUCGAGAGUGUUUUGGAAAGGCAUCUUUCAUGAAAAAGCUCUUCAAGAGAUGGUAGCUGUGUUCGAGUGAUAUGCGAUGCUUUUUUAAUUAGUCUAUUUAGUCUAAGUCUUUGUGCCAGUAAAGUAUUACCACACUAGCAGGUGAUGGCAAACUAUAGAAAACCAAAAUAUACAUUCACACCAGAAUCAUUCAUAAUUUACAUGUGACAAAGUUUAAAUCAGGAAAUUAUUUGUAAGUUCUUAUGUUUUUUUUGUCGACAGUUUCUUUUUAAACUUGCUCUUCAAUGCUUGUUGUAAACAUUGAUUUCUUGGUUUUAUUUCAUAAUUCUGAUGUAGCAUGAGUUGUCUUCCUUUUACUUAUCUUUCCUUAUUAGGGUUAUUAUUAAGGUUAUUAUAUUCUUUUCUUUAUGACUUGUUUUUGUUUUUACUUACAUUACAAACACUUAUGUCAGAUUUUUAGAAAAUGUACUUUGUAAAGGAAUCUACUACAGAAUAGUUUCUAAAUGAUUCCAAAAACUCUUUUGAUAAUAGCAUAGUUGAUGUGUUUGUUCAUGUUUUGUGUACAUAUUCUGCUUUUAAAACUGUUUUUUUUUCUUGGUCACAAUUUCAAAUUUAGUAUAAAAGUUCUUUACAACUUAUGUAUAUGUCUGCUAAAUGUUUAUUUUGUGUUAAGCUAAAUGUUUAUUUUGUGUUAAAUUCAAACCUAAUGAAAUGAAACAUUUUUUAAAGGAAAUUUUUAUGUUAAGACUACAACAAGCUUCACUUUAACACACAUGACGAAUAGAGUUUAAUAUUCCAGUCAGCCUUUUAAGCAAGAAAUAAGACGGAAAUACCUUUAAUUAACAGCCUUAACAGUUUUCCACUAGGCCUUUAGUCUUAAUCUUCUCUUUUCAAACUAUCUUAUUCUACAAUGGCAGAGAUAAUAAAUUGUUCUUUUUCUAUUAGUGAAUUUUUUGUAUGUUUUUUAAAACAAUUAAUGCCAGUUUUCUUACUUUUAUUUUUAAGAUAUUUGUACACAGUACAUUUUUGUAUACAAUCUGCUCCCCUGAAACAGAUUACUAUAUAGACAAUCCAGUUUGACUUCAACUACCAGGUCUGGAAAAGAAUUUAUUUAGUUUCAUGUUUAUUGUCAGUCAAAAGUAACAACAUUAACGCAGAGUAAACUUGUUACAAGUUUAUAGAUUUACUGAACUUUUUUAACUAUUUUAUGUUUUUCUGAUUCUGUGAUUUUUGUAUAAUUAUUGUUUUUUUUAAUAUUGUACGAAAAUACUUGUGUCAGUUAGAUCUACUUUUAUUUAUUUAUUUUGUUUGGUACAAUAGUUGGUGAAAUAAAUAAUUGA